AUGUCUGCACCCUCUUUCUCCUCAUUCCCCCCCUCCUUUUCUUCCUUUCCAGACCCCACAGACGCGGGCGACAGAGCUCCACAGCAACCAAAGUCCAGCCAAACCCCUUCAGGUGAUGAUGAUCCGUCCCCACGGCAGCGCGAUCGCAAGACCAGCCGCUCCUCUACCCGCCAUUCUUGGGGAAAGCAUACUGGGUAUCGGUACAGCGAUGAUGAGGCUAGGAAGUCUCGUGAGGAUCGGCGCUCUCAACGCGCAGGCUCCUCGAAAGACCAGGACCUCUUCUAUUCUGACAGAAAGGGCGACCCUCUCAACAUGACUUAUGGCGGGCUACAUGCAGGUGAUGUCCCAAAGUACCAUCUUGUCGACCGCGGUAGGCGAAUUCUAGGACUUGGUAGUGGCUACACAGUAUCCAGGCGCACUGGCAAGAGCAUAGAAGUGCUGGUAGGCACCAAACGUUUCAAGUUGUCUAGCCUGGAAGACACGCGUUCGAGAGCAGCUCUCAAUGCCCCUCCGAAACGAAGGCUGAUUUCCACUCGCGAUACCUACAAGUACCCCGAGGUUGACGGCUUUCUGCGCGUUGUUCACAAGUCCAUGCAUGACGACACAGUGGAUCGCUCAGUAUACGAGAGAGAUGAUGAAUCAGACACCGAUUUCCCCUCUGACAGCUCUGACGGUUCCGCUGACCAUGCUGGAGGUCGAUUUUUGACGGCUACUCAACUUGCAAUCAAGUGUCUCGAGGAUGAACUACUGCUCAGCCCGUCUUCCGAAUCGUGUUGGCUCUCCCUCGUUUCUCACUCGCUGUCACUUGUACCGACCACUACCAAGAACGGCUUACGCACUCGUGCCGAAAUUAAAGUCUCGAUUCUGAUGCGUGCACUCCAGGCCUCGCGGUCCAAUGCCAACAAUCGAGUUUUACGUCUGAAUUACUUACGAGCUGGUCAGCAGGUGUGGCAUGAGAGUAAACUCAGAGCUGAAUGGGAAUCCGCGCUUCAAAUCGGAGGUAUUGAUCUGUGGAUGGCAUGGCUCGAGUGGCGGCUUCACCUGGCAAAGGAUAGCAUCAGUGGCAUUGUUCAGGAUGCAACUCGUGUUCUAACAGCGUUGGGUGAUGACGAAAGUGCUGAGCUAAGUAAGCUCAGGGUCAUGUGGCGGGUGGCUCUGGCUUUUCAGCAAGCAGGAUUCUAUGAAAGAGCCACAGCACUAUUCCAGGCUCAGGCGGAGCUCUCCCUUCAAAUGCCGCCUGCUUCAUUAAAUCAACCAUUUAACACCUGUUUAGAUUCACUCGAAGAGUUCUGGGACUCUGAGAUGCCGCGCAUGGGGGAGCCAGAUGCCAAAGGCUGGGCCUCGUGGAUAACGUCUGGGUGCCGGGUUACACCUCAUAGUCCACAAAGACCACUUCCUCGUAAGCCACAAGAAAGUCAAGAUCCUUUCGUCGGGUGGUAUAAUGAAGAGGCUAAGGAUGACGCUACUUUACGGAAUCCGGCUCGCACAGUUGAUUCAAGAAGCGAAAACGAUGCCUUCGCAGCGGUGCUCUUCUCAGAUGUCAGACCUCUGUUGAUUCGCAUAACCUCAGACCGGUCGAAGAAGACCUUUCGACUUGUGUGGCUUUCUCUGCUUGGUUUACACAUACCUGGCUUUUUAGAUUCGCUUUCGCCUGGGUCUUGGGAUGACACAUGGGCUGUUCUUCAUCUCUCGACAUCCUUCAUGGAUGCAAUCUUCCCUCCAACGAAUGCGAGCCGCAACGUUACCUCCGAUUCACAUGCUGGAGCCAUCAUAGGUCGAGAGAGGAUGUAUGGGAGUACGUUUGGUCCAAUCAAGGAGUGGGCGUUCAACACCCUCCGACCCCUUGACUGUGUUAGCAAAGAGCGGUGGCGUAUGUGGAGUACGCUAGACACACACCAUGUGGAUGUCGCAUUUGUACGCGGGGUUUUUCAGCAGCUCCGCUUCGACGACGAAGAUUAUGAGUGGGACGAAUAUGCCCUAGCUUUUGAAGCCAGUAUCAAUGUUAAGGGCGCAAUCAAGUUAUCUCGAUCUUUACUAGCAAACGCACGAGAUUCCGUACCUCGAUGGAUAGCCCACGCUAAGCUUGAACGUUUGCAUGGCCGUCCUGAAGAAGCGCGGAAAGUGUACCAAAUGGUCAGUGCAUCUGGGCAGCUGGACUCAAUGAGUACAGUCACGCGUCAGCUUUGGUGGGACUGGUCAGAAAUGGAGUGGCUUCAAGGAAGGUCAGAUGCAGCCCUGUCUGUGAUAAUGCAGUCCGCCAGUGUUCCUGGCUCUACCGGAAUUGCCAUCCUACGCGCUAAACGGCACCUGGAUGAGCGGGUGGAUGGCAGGGACAGAAGACAUCAAGUCUGGCUCCAGCUACGUGCUCUUCUGGAGCUGAUUACUUCCUCGCCUGAAGCUACUUUGACUAUCUUCGACACGUACCUCGCAAAUUCUCGCGACAGCACCGAAAGUUCAAGAGAAGGAGUGAUGGUCGCAUCGCUGCUUUUGCUUUACCAUCAUUCGGUCACCCUUCGCAAUACGAUGCCUCCUUCACUCCUUCGCGACCGACUGUUGCUAGCUAUCAAGUCGUACCCAAGCAACACCAUCAUCAUGGGCAUGUUCCUAGAAUGCGAAAAGGGGUACGGAGUGUGGGGACGGAUACGGGGUAUGCUAGGCGAGAGCGUUGCCUAUGGAGCCCAGGAUAAAGGUGUUAUACGAAGGGUAAUGGAGGUGUGGGUCACAGGGUGGGAAAGGGGUAACCUCUCCACGGAGAUCGAGCGACUGCGGUUAGGUCUCGCAGCAGCUGUGAACGAAGUAGAGAGAACUCAGGGGAGCGUCACCCUAUGGCGCAUAUAUUUAGAACUAGAACUUAGGAUGAAAGACUUCAAAAGGGCCAAGAGCUUGUUGUAUCAAGCGAUACAUGCAUGCCCGCUUGUGAAAGAGUUUUAUCUUCUCGCUUUUGGACCCAUGCGAAGUUGUUUUACGUCUCAUGAACUACGUGCCUUUGCCGACACGAUGGCUGAAAGGGGUAUAAGAAUGAGGGGGGACUUGGAGGAAUUCUUACAGUUACAGAAGCAUCGCUCGAUGAUAGAGGAUGGAAGUGGCGAGAGUAGCGAUGGGGACAGUGGGGAUGAGAUCGAGCAGGAGGCAAAAGAGCGACGCCGACUCAUGCCUUACUGA